UUACCGCUACAAUCUAGUAAAGGCGCACAUAGUGAGCUACACGACACAUAGGGCAUUUAACAGCCACAAAGAUGAAUCCCGGACUUUGUGUAGCUCUUGAGGGGUUUAUUCGUUGAUGCGUGAAUUGAAGUUAAAGAUAUAAGUUUGUUCUCACUGUUUGGUGCGGACAAAAACAGUAAGUUUACUGGUUUCUUUCACUUCUCCAAGUGUUUUUAUUUCGUCAGGAUGAAGACAGACCUGAGGAAGAAAACUGCUUCUACACAUAUACCGUUUCGCGACUGCAGCUCAUUCCACUGAAGAUGGGUGUAGGAGAGGAGAGGUGGCUGAGCCCAGGCGGCUGAGCUCAGGAAGAAUGCAUUUGCCUCCGGUCGGCACGAACAGGCGUUGUUUCCUGGCCUCUUCGGCUUUCUGUGCUGUCGUGCUGCUGUUGAUCCCAACCCUCCAAACGCCACAGCGGCAGGGCAAGCUGCCUCGACCUCUGCCCCAUACCAGGCCUACAAGGGGAGAAAACACCACGUACUACAAAGGUGCUAGUAACUCCAAGCCCAGCAGUGACAAAUCCCAAAGAGACUCAGUCAGUGCUGACUUCCACAGUUCACGAGCCAAGGAACCUUUAGCAAUGAAAGACAUUUUUAUUGCAGUCAAAACCACCAGGAAGUAUCACAAAUCACGUCUGGAGCUGCUUUUUCAGACCUGGGUGUCAGAAUCCAGCGAGCAGACAUUCAUCUUCACCGAUGGUGAGGAUAAAGAGCUGAAGAAGAAAGCAGGAGGCAACGUCAUCAACACCAACUGCUCAGCCGCUCACACACGCCAGGCGCUGUGCUGCAAGAUGUCUGUGGAGUACGACAAGUUCAUCGAGUCACAAAAAAAAUGGUUCUGUCACGUGGACGACGAUAAUUACGUCAUCCUGCCGAGUCUACUGCAGCUGCUCUCAACCUAUUCCCACACGCAGGAUGUGUACCUGGGCCGGCCGAGUCUCGAUCACCCCAUAGAGGCUCCCGAGAGGGUCAGGAGCGAUGGAUCGACCUCUGUCAAGUUCUGGUUUGCUACCGGUGGCGCCGGUUUCUGUAUCAGUCGAGGCCUCGCGCUCAAGAUGAGUCCAUGGGCAAGUCUGGGGAACUUCAUCACUACAGCAGAGAAGAUCCGUCUCCCGGAUGACUGCACGAUCGGUUACAUCAUCGAAGCGCUGCUGGAGGUUCCUCUGGUACACACCGACCUCUUCCACUCACAUCUGGAGAACCUGCAGAGGAUGCCUGCUGAGGACAUCCUCAAACAGGUCACCCUGAGCUACGGCGGUUUCGAGAACAGGAGGAACGUGAUACCCGUCGCCGGAGCGUUCUCCUUGACCGAAGACCCUUCACGAUUUAAAACCGUUCACUGCUUACUUUAUCCUGAGACUGAAUGGUGUCACCGUAGCAGUCAUCGCUGACCUCAACGCAAUCUUCUGGAGACAAAGCAAAUAUCUCCGGUCUUGUCUGAACUCUCGAUCCUAAAAUGCGACUUUCAUGCAUUAAUACAUCUGACUACCAGGCUGAUAAAAUAAAUAAGUGACCGUUUAUAUAUAUAUAUAUAUAUAUAUUUAAAAUGGUCACUUAUUUCGAUGUCCUAAAGUCUGAUCUGAGGAGUAUAAGAAAUGCCAAAAGAAUAUACAUUAACAUUUUUAGUAUUUUUCCCCCAAGCUUAUCACUAUCUGUUAUUUUGUUGUUGUUUUUUUUUAAUUCGUGCCGGCUCAAAGCUUUUAUUUGCUGAAAUGAGAUGUUCUUGUAAGCAUGCCAUGCAAGAGGAAAUAUCAGUUUAAUCUCUUUGGGAAUCAGGUGUCACCUCCAGAAAGGCUCUGAAACAAAAAAAUUUACUGUAUUACAGUUGCGGUUUAGACAGGACUUUAAUCCACGGGCUCCUGGAAGAGAAAGCUACAGGAUAUCUGAAAUAGAUUUUUACUGUGAUGAUAACACGAAUGAAUCGAGUCGUCACUUGCAAGGUUAAGUCCAAGUACGGAUUCAUACACAUCAGCUGUCCUAAAGGUAAAAAGACAAAUGUCUACUGUGCAUUUUAAUGGUUGCACUAAAUGAUGCCUUAACACUAACAUAUUCCAAAAAAAAAGCUGCCAAAAUAUAUGUAUUUUUUUUUCUACAUUUUUAAUGAUGCUUCUGCACAAACAUGGCUUUUCAUUGCUGGUCAGUGAUUCAUGUGAACUUGCCAAAAAAAAAAAAAAGACUGGGGUAUUUUACUUUCUUAGUUAGUGAUGACAAAAAUGUGUGAACAGAAGAGGAUUAAGCAAUGCCAAGCUGCUGCCAUAUACUGCUGCUGUUUGCCUCUUAUCUUGUCUGUCUCUUCUCGUGUAAAUAAACCGUUAUGAAUUUUU